CUCUCCACCCAGCUCUCUUCGCCAUCUUCCACCAUCUACACCAUGGACGGCUUUAUGAACCUUGCGAAACAGGGCAUGCAGGCCUACGAGCGGUCCCAGUGUGAGUCCGACGUCUCGAAGACCGGAGGGCAGGAGUACAACUCUCCCCACCACACGACGAGCGCGACCGAUCGCCCUCAGUUCGACGACGACGAGGUCGUGAAGACCGCCAGCCGCGAGGGCAGUGGAGACCACUCGCUCUUCUCGAGUGCGCUGGGUUUCAUCAAAUCUAACAAGAGCGAGCAUGAACAGCCCAUCGAUGAAGAGGGUGUUCAGCACGCUCACCGCAAGGCGUACGAGGAAGACUCUGCAGGCUCGCUCAGUGCAGGGUCCCUUGGCAGUGCUGCUGCGAUGCAGGUCUUGAAGCAAUUCACCUCGAGCGGUAGCAGCAGCGGCGGCGGCUCACAGACGCAGCUCAUCAGUCUUGCUAUGGCGGAGGCCUCCAAGCUGUUUGACAAGUCCGGUGGUACUUCCUCUGGCAAUAAGCAAGACGCUGUCAACGGCGCUGCUAUGACCGUCAUGAAACUUUUGGUUCAAUCCAAGUUCAGCGGCGGUGCGACCGGUGGCGGAAAUAGCGGCGGUUUGGGCAGUCUGAUGGGUUUGGCGUCCAAAUUUAUGUGAAGGGACAUUACGGCCAAGGGCCCAACUUGGAAAGUGUACGAUAUAACCUGCUCGCGAUCAGAAUGCACGCCCGAGACGCUUAUCGUCGUGGAGUUGGGCUGACUACCCUGUGCUAUAGGAUGACUUUCAAUUAGUCGGCAUCGUGCGAGCGCACGCCAUUGUGUUCAUCUACACUGUCUGCGGAAUCAAUAUUCAUUGACGUGGAAAGCGAUAGAAGCGACGAUAGCAUUGUGAAACUAGAACAUACAGGGCGACGGACAUACAUGUACAGCAUGUAAGUAAAGCGUUGCGACGGGUAUAUAGCGUAAGAGAAAGCGAGAAAAAGGUGCAGGAGAGCGACGAUACACACAGCGUAUAACAGCGACGAAUAACAUAUGCAAGACAAACCACUCAGAAACUUAGUAAAGCGGUGACCUCCUCGACGACAUGCGGUAGCUUUUCAGGUUCCACACUGAUGGAGAGCGGCUGGGAUACUGGGGAGGAAGACGCCGAUUCGUCUUCUGAGUCAGAGGACUCCGAAUGCGAAGAGGAAUACAGGGCGUAUGGGCUGUGGAUCGGAGAGGGAGUCGUGGCAUCAAACCAGGAUCCCCAGGUUACUUCCGGCGUCACGCGGUCGACGAAGUCUAGCGUUUGGUCGACCGAAUCCACGCUACAUUUGGAGUCAUCCCACAAACGGAAUGUAUCGCAUAGAGCGUAGUCGAUUGGGGUGGUGUAGGGGAAGUCACCGCAGUCGAGGUUGAAGUCGCAGUCGGGUUGGUAUACAACGGGAUCCUGACCUGAGGCUGCGAUGGGAGGCGGCGUGAGGGCGCAGUGCACAGACGGGGGACACGGAAGCGCGAAGAUGGCUGAUUCCGAGCUGGCGUGAUCAAGGGAUAGGGGUUGAUGGGACGCUCGAGGCAGUUCGAGGGCGGCUUUAGGAAGACUGAUCAGGGGAGUGCCUGGCUCUAGGACCGACUUCAAGAGGGCGUCCAAAGAAUCAAGAUCGGAGGGCGGCAGUCCUAUGUCGAGGGGAGUCGACCAAUAGUCGAAGUCGCAGUGUUCAAGAGCGACAUUUGACACGGAAGGAAGAGGAUUCGCGAUACGUGUUGCUUCAAGGUCAUCUUGAGCCGACGUCUCAUCGCUGAGUACGGCGGGAACUUCGUACACAGCUGGAAUUGUGUCCUUCGUAAUCGAUGAAGGCGAAUGGCCAGAAGCGGAUGGAAGCCGCUUCUCCGCUUUGCACGUGGAAAGCGACGAGAAUGAGUCAGAGACGGCAUGUAGACGAGGGCCAACGUAUAGUCGUCUCGACUUGGAUGGAGUGGCCAAGGUGCUCGAAUCAGAUGCGGUUCGCUUUCUCUUUCGAAGAGAUGAAUCGUCUUGAACCGCGCGUACGCUUGAUGUUGGCGACAAAGGGGAAGCAAAGGGAGAAGGGAAGGCUGAGAAUCCUGAACCGUGGUACGACCCCGAGUCCGCCGAGCUAGUACUGGAAGAUAUCGAAUUAGUGCGCCUACGCUUCGUUGUCCCUCGAGUGGGCCAAUGGCAGUGUUCAUCCUCCGUAUUUCGACGUUUGCGCGACUGCCCCACGGGCGCGCGAUGAAGGUGGAGAGCUGAAGAAGCGUCGGAAUGUGGGGGUUGACACAAACUCGGCGAGGGGUCGGUGAGAGUUAACUCGGACAUCAAGCCGUGGAUGUCGUCCAUGAGUUGCGAAGUGAACGUAUUGCAGCUUUCGUACACCUCUGCCGAGGCAUCUGCUAGCGUAGCAACUCGCAUCGACACUGUAUGCGCUAGGGAGAGUAGUUCGGUAUCUGGGCUUGGCUGAGCGAUGGCCGAGUCGAUGUCGUCCAACAGGAGCCGCCAGUGCUGGUCGAAGGCGACCAUGGCGUCUUCGUCCCCAACUAACGCAGAUAAGAAGUCGUCUUCGGCCGAGAGUAAGCGUUCUUUCAGAGAGGCCAUCGUGGUAACAAUAGCGGUGAGGGAGGGAG